AUGAAUCUAAACAGGGGCCUGCACACCCCCACGGCUGCGCCGUCCCUGCCGGUACACCUCCUGGGAACGCGGCAACCUGCUAAGCAGCUGCUCGAGUCUUUGGAAAGAGAGACGACCUGCCUCACGGAGCUGCCGGACGUGGCGCCCCCCCUCGGCCUGCUGCGGGGAGAGAACGGAUCCGUGCGCUGCAACGGCCGGCCCGCGCAGUGCCAGCAGCACCCGGACACCGCCAGCUCCUGCAGCAGCAAGGAGGACAGCUCCGCCGAGAAAGGCUCGUCGGGCGCGCGGCUGAGGCCGUGGUGCGUCGCGCUGCUGGUGUUCCUGCUGCUGUCGGCGCUGGGAGCGGGUCUGGGCGUGCCACUCGUGCUGGACGCCACGCGGCCCUCCACGCACCAGGAGAGGCUGCAGGUCGUCAGGAGGCUGCUGCGCGACGUGCCGCUCGUCGACGGCCACAACGACCUGCCGUGGAACGUGCGCAAGUUCGUCCACAACCAGAUCCUGGGCUUCAACCUGAGCGCGGACCUGCGCCGCGUGGAGCCCUGGUCGCGCAGCAACUGGUCGCACACGGACAUCCCGCGGCUGCGGCGCGGCAUGGUGGGCGCGCAGUUCUGGUCGGUGUACGUGCCGUGCGGGGCGCAGCACCUGGACGCCGUGCAGCUGACCUUGGAGCAGAUCGACCUGGUCAAGAGACUGGCCGAGCUCAACCCGGGCCACCUCACACACGUCACCACCGUCAGAGGGCUGACGGAGGCGCACCGCGCCGGCAGGGUCGCCAGCCUGAUCGGCGUGGAGGGCGGCCACUCCCUGGGCAACUCCCUCGCCGUGCUGCGCACCUUCUACAGCCUGGGCGCGCGCUACAUGAGCGUCACGCACACCUGCGACACGGCCUGGGCAGACUGUUCCGUGGGGGAGGAGUCCCUGCCCGCGUCUGGCGUCCGACGUCGCUCGGGGCUCACCGAGUUCGGCAAGCUGGUGGUGAGGGAGAUGAACCGGCUCGGCAUGAUGGUGGACCUGUCGCACGCCUCGGUGGGCACCAUGAGGGACGCGCUGGCCGCCUCCAAGGCCCCAGUCAUCUUCUCCCACUCGUCCGCCUUCGCGCUCUGCAACUCCUCCAGGAACGUGCCCGACGACAUCCUCAGACUCGUGGCCUUAAACCGUGGGAUCGUCAUGGUGAACUUUUACACAUAUUUUAUCACGUGCAAUUCAACGGCGACCAUUUACGACGUCAUAGCUCAUGUGAACCAUAUCCGCUCAGUCGCUGGGAUCGACCACGUGGGAAUAGGUGCUGGCUAUGAUGGCAUCAACUACACGCCGCAAGGACUCGAGGACGUGUCCAAGUACCCGGACCUCCUGGCGCGCCUCAUGGAGGACGAGUCCUGGACCGAGGAGGACCUCAAGAAGCUUGCCGGACUCAACAUCCUGCGGGUCUUCAAGGAGGUCGAGGAGACGCGCUACAAGUGGCAGCUGGCGGCGGUCACGCCCGUGGAGGAGCUGAUCCCACUGUCGGCGCUCGACGGACACACGGCCUGCAUGUACAUCGGCUCCUGAUCGACCUGCGUCGCCGUCGUCCGCCUCGCCUGAGCCGCUCGCCCGGAGACACCUCCGUCGUGCCAACACUCGAGCACGGACUAUCCCCUCUCCCCUCCAAAAAAAAAUAUAUAUAUAUCCCCCCGCAGAGCUAUUUUUAUAACACGAGUGCAUCACACGGUGGGUUAAAGGGUGGGUAGGGUCCAUCGAAAAUUAAAAAAAAGGGUUGUUUUUCCCCCACCCGUGAGGAACGUGAUUGUGGAGAGGGUUUAGCUGUGAGUCAAACUUUUUAAAAUAUAUAUAUAUAUAUAUAAGCUGAGAGCUCCCGAUGAAGAUGGCGUCUGUUAAAAAGUUUCUUAACUUCGAAAAGGCUCGAAGUCGUCGGGGAAGAGACGUGCCGUGCAGACAAGAGACCUGACGCCUUAACAACGUCGGGGGCUGAAAAGUUUCCCUCGAUAGAGAGAGCGAGAGAGAGAGGAGUAGUGGUGGGGAGGGAUUAAAGCAGCGCGAGCGCUUGAAGGACCAACCAGCAUCCGCCCCCCGUGAUAAUUAUUGGAGAAGGCCUCGAAGUUAGAUUACACUUCUCUGUCUCCCCGGGUUCGCGAAGAGGAGGAGGGGAGGUUGGAGCACGCUGGAGAGGGUAGGCACCCGGGUUAAACGUCUUCUCGCGGGUCUUGGUGGCGCAAAAGGGGGGGAGAGGGAGAAGGUUCAGGAUUCGGUUAAGUUCGACGGCGCCUUGCGACUGCGGCAAAGGCGCCGAUUGCGUUUAUCUCGGCGGGCGCGCGAGACGCCGCCAGGGCGUCUUCCCACGCUCCGGUGCCUCCUGACGGCUGGGCGUCUGCGCAUCGGCGCGAAGGCGUCGUGGCGCGCCUCGGCAGUGAAGGCCUCCACUGAGUCGUGAACCGAGCGUGGGGAAGUCAGCGGGCCCUGCGACACGUCCCCUGUUCCCAUCUCAGUGCCACUGGUAUUUCUUUAACAAAUACAUUUAAUGAAAGAUUUUAAAUAACAACUCAGUCAUAAUUUAACCUCUUUUUCAACCCUGAAGUAAUUUGAUACAAUUCGUUGGACGUACUCCAUUACAGUUUUUCACUGUUUGUCGUGGAAAAUAAUUGAAUAAUUGAAGAUAUCAAGCCUAUCAUAAAACAAAACAGGUAUUUUGGACAACAACACGACGACUGCACUAACUUUAAAUAUCAGACAGUAAAAUAAUUCCGUGGAAAGAAUUUAGUCAUGGAAACAUGGCUAACAAGGACGAGACCUAGGAGACCUACUGCGUUCAUCGGUGCUGUCGUCAAUAUGUACUCCACAAUACCUGUUGAGUUUCAUCGUUGGGUCAAUCUGUUUGACAUCGGCUGAUUUAGGCUUGGUGGGUUUAUGUAUUCAUUUUUAAUUCUUAUUUUGAAUCCUUAAAUUUUUCCAACAUAAUAAACAGUGCAAAAACUGCAAUGACAAAUGUCCAAAUAAUUGAAUUAAAUCAGAAUUACCCAUUGCAUGAAUCAUUUAAAGAACGUAUUUAAGUCGUUUGUUCUUUCUCUGAAUUAUCCUGUCUAUGAGGAGGAUAGUUUUAACAUAAUAUAUUAGACACACUCCAUUGCAGGUUGAAGCUGGUUUUCGUAUAAAAUACCUCAGGUAUUGAUAACAAAGAUGAAUCAUUAACACGCGAAGAACAAGUUAUGACAAACAACGUAAAUCAGCAAUGGUAAUGAAAUUAAAUAAUAAGGUCAUUAGAUCCAAAUGAGGGGUUAAACUGCAAGAUGUAUAAGCGACGUAAUGUGUUAGUACAGCAGAAAAAAAAAGAUUUUUGGUAACGAUUAUAAACACGUAGUGAUAAUUUAACAUAUAUUUUGAGUAAAUAUGUUGUUUAGAGUGGGGAAGGGACAGCCCAAUUAAUUAAAUACAGUGCUAACAGAAUUAAUGGAUAAUAACAAUUUAAAAGUCUGUCCAUAAAUUAAAUACUCUUUUCAUUAUGUCCACAAUUUACUCUCCUCACUGGAGCUCAGCUCGACAGUGGCUCUCUCUACUGCACGUCUAUUAUCUUGCACCUUUGUCUCAACACACUGCCUCGCGCUACUCACUCGUCCGGCCGCACAUAUGCUUCGGUCUCCGAUGCACCAGUCUUCGUCACUCGUCUUCCACUAUCGCUCACCAAGGGGGUCACACGCCCUCUUUACUUCACUGCCCUCGCAGUGUCGCUCCGAGGAUCCUCCAGUGUCACACGCGGGUGUCGUCACCCGACUAGGGAAGGUCGUCUCCUUCCCCUCCAAAGUGUCGCGUCACGAUAAUCCCCGAAUUGACACCCGAAACUACCAGAACAAUGGCGUUAUAGUUACGCCACCUCACGCAGACGAGGCUAUGGAAAAUGUGCCGAACCCUCGAGAGCCGCAUGCAAUUCUCCAGGCUCGAUAAUAAAGCGCUGGAAAAGAGGUGUAGUGAGGCGUCGCCGAUAAUCGGAUU